AGAUCAUUACCAGCGUUCGGUCAGUGAUGAACCACGACGUGCGCAACCUUCCGCUAUCCCAAGAUCUGCUAAACUAUUAUCGAGAACGACUAGAAAGAUGCGAGCAUGACUACAAGGAAGCACUAGAUAAAAUAGAUGCGUUACGGAUUCCGCAUGACGACGCGCACCGUGUGACGUGGGAGGCACACAAAAAGGCAGAAGAAGUUGCUAGUCUCCAAAAGGCACUCAGGGAUGCCGAGCUUGCCCUGUUUGACGAGAAGCGUGCCUUCCUAAAAUUGCUAGCUGAGAAUGACGAACUGAAGGUGCAGGAGCUGAAGGAUCGGAAAAAGAUCCGCUAUCUCUUGAAAAUAGCUCCAUGUCCUGAACCGGAAACAACAUACUUUCGUGAGAAGCUUGACAAACGACUGGUGAAGAUCUCGAGAGGAAAAGAGAAGCCAGUGGAAGGAAGGGAUAAAGGAGAAGGAAUCGGCGUGGGAAACCUGGACCAGCGAGACAUGAUUAUAAUGGAGGAUGAGAUUGAGGCUUUGAAGCUGACAGUGACAUCUUUGCGAACACAGCUCGAAGAACAGGGCCGAGCAUAUGAGGCCACAGUAGCUGCGUUGAAGCGUGAUCGACAAACGCAAAUAGAUGAAGAAAAGGCACGGAGGGAGCAUGAGUCACAAAGGAUAAGUGAGCUACUGGAGAAGCUUCAAAAGUUACGGGCGUUAUGUCGCGAGAACAUUCGAGAGUUACUUCACACAAAGAAGGCUUCCCAUGCCUACGAGAAGAAACUAGUGGAAGAGAAGGCCGCCUUGCUAGAGGACCUACGUUCUACUGGUAGUCAGCUGGCAGUUGAGAGGGAUAAAGCAGAGUCCGCUGAAAGAACUAUUGAAUCAAGAGUAACAAAGAAGCAGGAAACUUUAGUUGGAGAUCUUCGCUCGCAAUUAGGAAAGUAUGAGAAGGAACUUCACACUGCCAAGUCUAAAUGUGAUGAAAUCGAGAGAACCUUUAAAAAGAAGGUCGAAUAUCUUCAAAGUCGCCUGUCUGCAAUUACUUCCAGUUACACUGCUCUCAAGAGGCGCCGCGAUUAUGAAAUUGAAGGUUUUACAAAUGAUAUUUUAAUUCUACGGAAACAGCUGAAAGUCCUAGAGCGGAGUAUACUCAAAUAUGCCCCUCUGGAAGAUAAGGAGCUUGUAUUGCUCAAUCUAGCAAAGGAAACUGGUGAAAGAGUAGGAAAGAUUUCAUCGGAACUGCAUGGUCUUAAGGCCAAAGUUUAUGCCACCGAGGAGGAAGUACGAUCAUUAAAGUACUGACGUGGAUAUGAUUUGCUGAUAUAAUUUGGGAGACAAAAUUUCCUAGUGCUUCCUGUGGCUGCCAUGUACAUAAAAAAUUAAGUAUUUUUGUUUCUGAGAGAGUUCGGACAAGGAGA